UUGAUGUCAGAUCAAUGUUUCUGGUGCCGUCUCAUUUCGGAUGAAUUCUUAAAUUGAAAUCGCGACGCUGUCUGAUCUCAGCCGACUUUAUAAAUUGUCCGAUCUCAAAAGGGUUUAUGAAUUUACCAAAUCCGUCCGAUAUUAUUUAAUCAUGCGUACAAACAUAAAUGAUUUUCCUUUUUGAAUGAAGUCUGACCUCAGGCUCCCCUCAGCUGCGUUUACACAUGGCUAUUGCUUUAUUUUUUAUUUUUAAUUCAGCGUGCGAUCCGAUCUCGGUGGAGUUGAUUGUUUUCGGUGCGAGCUGCCGUCUGAUGUCAGGUGAGUUACACUCGUUCUCCAUCGCGAAGGCACAGUCGAGCCGAGCCUGCGUCCGAUGCAUGUUUCCCGUGAACGUGGAUGGAAAUUAGGCCCCUGCUCGCUUUCUGCGGUGGCUUGUCUGCGUUUUCCCGCCGGCUCAGCGCAGACCCGGUCGGAAUAUAAUGGAAAGCGGUCGUUUUCCCCGUCAGAGGACAGCGAGAACAUCAUGUGUCAGCGAGCUCGAGCAGCACUAGCCUGAUGAUGAUGAUGAUGAGGAGGAGGAGGAUGUUGGGAAGCUAUCUGCUAACGCGAGGAUGCUUUACUGCAAAUAAACAUCUAACUCACCCGCGCUUGCCGUUUCGCCUCUUUUAACGGAACGCCGCUCAAUUUAACCGAUCGAUUCAAACGACGGCGUUGGCCUCGAGGAGGAUGUUUUACGAAGGCUUGCGGGAAUUUUGACUUAGCUUCGCUAGCUAAGCAGCUGCUGGCUUGACUGUUUUCAGCAAACGGGAGGAUUUGCAGCGAAACGGACCGGUAACGAGCGUGAACGACACGUCUGGAGUCCGGGGGGGGAAUGAAUUCACCGAGCGGAUUGAACGACGCGCUUUAUGUUACGUGAAAUGAACGGUCCGUGAAUAAACGCUUGCGGUGUCUGUUUAGAUGCAAAGGCGGCCGCUGCCCGACGAACAAUUCCCAAAAACCUCGGAAAAAAACGAACCGUAACCACGCAGGAUAAAAUCUAAACAACGGGGAACUUAAAUCCAGCGUCACUGAAAUGGCCGAAGAGGCGUUUCCUUUACAUUAUUUGGUGUGGAACAAUCAGUUUCAAGAACUGGACCGAGAGCUUCAGAAACAGCCGCAUGACGUGGAGCGGCUGGAUCCGCGCGGGCGCACGCCGCUCGAGCUGUCGGUGUGUCUCGGGCAUCUCGAGUCCACGCGCGUGCUGCUGAGACACAGCUCGGAUCCCACACACAGCAACGCGCAGGGCUGGACAGUUUUGCAGGAGGCAGUGAGCACUGGAGAUCCCGAGCUGGUGCAGCUGGUCCUUCAGUACAGAGACUUCAGAAGAGCCACAGAGAGACUGGCUGGUAUACCUGAGCUGCUGAGCAAACUGAGACAGGCACGCGAUUUCUACGUGGAGAUGAAAUGGGAGUUUACCAGCUGGGUUCCUCUAGUGUCGAAGGUUUGUCCGAGCGAUGUGUAUCGCGUAUGGAAAAGCGGUUCGUGUUUGAGGGUCGACACCACUUUAUUGGGCUUUGAGCACAUGACUUGGCUUAAGGGCCGGCGCAGCUACAUCUUUAAAGGCGGAGAGAGCGGGGCGAUGGUGAUGGAGGUGGACCACGAAAAGCAGGUGGUGUAUACGGAACCGCUGUCUCUGUCUCCGCGGGACGCCCCCUCUCUGCUCGCCGCCAUGCUGCCCUCGCAGGAGAACACGGCCCAGAGACUGACCUCUCCUAUAGUGUCCACUCAUCUCAACACACGCAACAUUGCCUUCGAGAGAAAUAAGUCAGGGAUUUGGGGAUGGCGCUCGGAGAAGACAGAGGUUGUCAGUGGAUAUGAAGCAAAGGUUUACAGUGCCAGUAAUGUGGAGUUAGUGACACGUUCUCGGACUGAACACCUUUCUGAUCAAGACAAAUCUAGGAGUAAAGGAUCUAGAACUCCUCUACAGUCGUUUCUUGGUAUUGCUGAGCAGCACAUCUCUAGUACUGGGAGUCAGGUUUCUCAGUGCGCGAGCCCCCAUAACCCAACAGCGAUCACAGCGGAGGAGUACUUUGAUGCAGAGUUUAAUCUGAACGGCAGAGACAUCGGGCGGCCCAUUGAGCUCACCAGCAAAGUGCAGAGGUUUAAGGCCACUCUGUGGUUGAGUGAAGCUCAUCCUCUCUCGCUGGCGGAGCAGGUGACGCCCAUCAUUGACCUCAUGGCCAUUUCUAACGCCCACUUUGCCAAGCUGCGUGACUUCAUCACCCUACGCCUACCACCUGGCUUUCCUGUAAAGAUUGAAAUUCCUCUCUUCCAUGUGUUGAAUGCUCGAGUGACAUUCAGCAAUCUGUGCGGCUGCGAUGAACCGGUCAGUUCUGUCACCGUUCAGUCCCCUCAAGGAGCCACAGAGGCCGGUCAGACGCCUCCUCCUCUGCAGUGUGAGGUCGACCCGUCUGUGUUUGAGCCUCCUCCAGAAUACACCACGCUUGGACCGGGCCGCAGCGAACCGAUGAGGGACGAGGAUGAUAAUUUACUCCAGUUCGCCAUACAGCAGAGCCUGCUGGACGCUGGAACAGAGAGUGACCAGGUGACCAUAUGGGAGGCUCUAACUAACACUCGUCCAGUUUCUCAGCCUCCGCUUUAUGAGGAGGACUCUCAGCUUGAGAGGGCGAUUCAGGAAUCUCUGUCUCUGUCUCUGGCUGGAGGGGAGAGUGUGGAGUCCGAUGCCGGGCCGCCGUUAUCCCCGUCUGACCCCGCGCUCAUCUCACCUCCGUGUUACAGCUCACUGAGCGAGCCUCGGGCGCCGGGAGCAUUUGCUGUGGCCAGCAGCUUCGAUGAACAGCUACGCAUCGCCAUGGAGCUGUCCUGCAGAGAGCAGGAGGAGAUAGACAGGAAGAGGAGGGAAGAGGAAGAAGAGCUGGAGAGGAUACUGCAGCUGUCUCUCACAGAGAAGUAACUGAAGCAGUGCUUGACGUGGGUUUAACGGAGUAAUUUAUUGGUUGUGUUUUUUUCUUUCUGCAAUGUUAAAUUAUUCUUCUUCUAGAUUCAUCGCUCUUUAUUUCUUUUCCAAAAUAAUAAAGAUGGAACGCAAAGAGGAAUCGGAGAGCGAGUGUGUGUGUGUGUGUGUGUGUGUGUGUGUGUGUGUGUGUGUGUGCCAGGACUGAAACAAUUCAUACCAGAAGAUAAAUCAAAGAGCACGGCAUGAAAAUGUGAAUGAUAUCCUCUCAGUUCCGCUGUCUUUUGAGUGAUAAAAGGUUAACUUUAACUUCAUUGUAUAAUGACGCAGAUGAAAAUGUGAAUAUAAAUUAUGAACAUUGAUGACUAUGAUAAUGCAUAAAGGUACUGAAAAUACUAUCGCAUCAAAUAAUGAGUACUUAUGGUGGAUGAUGAUAACAUGAAAGUAUAAGUAUUAAAUGUUGCUCAAACACUUUCACAACGAA